AUGAGCGUGGAAUUGUUUACAACAGUUAAUGGUUUUGACCAUUUAAUGAAGGAUACCAUGGAUGCUCUUACUAUUCUUCCCAAGGUAGUAAAAGCAUACGUGCAAACACUGGAAGGGUAUGAGGAAUGUAGAGCGAAAUGGAAACAAGCGAUUGAUGAAUGUAGCACUCUCUCGACCCAGUUAACAACUGCUCACAGUGAAAUAUCAAAUUUACGAAGCCAAAUACAUUCUGUCAGGAAACUUAUUGAUGAAGAAAAGAAAAAGAGGAAAGUUGCUGAAGAUGAUAGGGAUUAUUUUGAAGCUCAGUUGGAACAGUUAAGAGAUAUCUUAAAAGAUAAUAGAAAUGAGUUGCAUGAAGAAACCAAAGUUAAACUUUCUCUUUUGAAUAAAAAUCGUCCUAGCAUGGACAUUUUGGAAGAUCGCUUAAAUACCAUUACUGAAUUAGAAACAACAGGAUCAGUCAUGACAGACCUCAGCUAUACUAGAGAUGAAGAUGACUUCCUUGACAUAUCAUCUUCUGAAAAUAGAGGUCAGAAAAGAUCAAAUCCUGUUCGUUCCAAUAAAAAUAGAAAGAAACGAAGAUCAUCUUCAGCUGUAAGAGCUUGUGAGCUGAAGGGUAAGGAUCGCCUUGUAGCUACCACUACAGUUACUGUAGAUCAUGAAUCAAAUAUACAAGCCACUGCUGUAAUUGAGGCUAGGCCGCAUAAUGAGAAUUUACAUCCAAGUGCUCCUCCAAUGGAAGAUGAAAAUGACGCUGUGUUAACACCUAAAGCCAAUGGUCAGCCAUUUUCUAUGAAUAUGAUUAACACCCGCCCUCAUAAUUUCCAACAGAAAGCUAUGUUGAAAAGUGAAGCAUGCAAUGUCUGCUGUAAAAGGUUACGCUUUUCUGCUAUGGGUCUUAAGUGUCGAGAUUGUAAGACAAUUUGCCAUACUAUUUGCAAAGAUAAAGUUCCACUGCCUUGUGUACCCAAUGGUCAUACUCCUUGUAAAUCAUCUGCUGGAACGAUUGCAGAUUAUACACCUUUGCUGCCUCCCAUGGUUCCUGCUCUCGUUGUUCAUUGCAUAAAAGAAGUCGAAGAGAGAGGACUUUCAGAAGUUGGAUUAUAUCGCAUACCAGGGUCUGAUAAAGAGGUCAAAGCAUUAAAGGAAAAAUUUUUACGUGGUAAGGGAGUUCCAAUCUUAUCACAAAUUCAGGAAAUUCACGUUGUAUGUGGUUGCCUUAAAGAUUUCUUAAGAUCUCUGAAAGACCCACUUACGACGAGGCUCAGGUGGGAUGAUUUUGCUCACGCUGUUGAGAUUGAAGAUGUUGAAGAGAGGAGACAAAAACUAUUUCACAUUAUAUCUAGCCUCCCUCAACCUAACCGUGAUACAUUAGCUUACCUACUUCUCCAUCUUCAGAGGGUGGCUGAAUCUCCUGAAUGUAAAAUGCCUACUUCAAAUUUGGCCAAAGUUUUCGGUCCCACUGUAAUUGGAUAUUCAUGUAAUGAACCAGAAAAUGUUUAUGGAGAAACAAGGACUGGUAACAAGAUUAUGGGAGAACUUCUGGAAUUACCAGGAGAGUAUUGGGAGUCAUUUAUUCGAGAGGUUGAUUUUAGGAAAACUCCUUCCUCUUCUAGCAUCGGUUUUUUCUCUCCAAAUAGGGUUAGACCAAUAUUAAAACUUACAAUACUUAAGGACGAGGACCCUGAGGAGAAUCAGAUACUUUGA